CAUUGAAAACAUCUUAAUUCCAAUUACGACGAGUCAAAAUUGCAGAAUAGAUAUCCGGAAUUGGAAUUUUGAAUAGUCAAAACUAAAUUAUGACUAUAGUGCAGCCAGGGGUAUUUAAUGCUAAAACGGCUUGCCAUACCGAUUCUUCCGUGUGAGACGUAGUUAUUACGUGAUACCCAAAAUUACCCAAACAAGAUGCGUGCUUUCAGGAAGUGAUUCGUUUAUUACCAGAAAGACCAUGGAAAAUCCAGGAUGAUGAAAUUUCUCAAUAGUAGGCCUAUCCAUCUGCAAUAUAUCUCAAAGUUCUUGCCCUUGCUGUGGGAUUUGUGCGAUUGUUUUACAAGUGUUGUAAAGCUGCAAACAGGUGCGGGGUUACCAUUUUGGGAGCCCUAAGCAAACACACGUUAUGGCGAAUUCUGAUUUCCGAUUCCCAGUUUCGAUUCCUAUAAGAUUAACAAAAUGGUUCAUAUUGCAAAGAAACUGGUCUUUCUCUGCAUGCUGAUUGGAUGCUCACAGGCUUUUCCAUACCAUGAUGUCACCACUGAGGAUAAAGCAAUAAAAAUGUUCGAGGUAGAGAGAGAAAGACAAGAUGCUAUGCAGAGUGUCACUGAUUUUACUCCACCAGUGUGCCGUGUGGUAAAUGAGAGUUUGGACUGUCCUUUGUCAUGUGAAAAUGCAAGCUGGGAAGUGACUUACAUCAUGUCAGAUGGUGCUGGUUCAGGAAUUGAUCACCCCUCUCUUUCUGUCACUGACUCUACUGAAUUCAACAAUACAUUUUCCAUCUCCAUUGAUACAACUGUAGAUGAAAAUGGCUACAAUGCAACCAUUGUGGAAUAUAUUGGUUCCUGCUGCUUCCACGAUGUGGAGAUUACUGUGACAGACAAGGCAGGAAACAAGGCAAAGUGCCCUUUUAAUAUAAAACGACCAGUAGUGACCACAAUCAGCCCAAUGACUGUCAAACCCACAUCCAGUAGCUCCACCACAACCAUCUCUCUUUUGUCAAGUUUUAUAGUGAUGGCACUGAAAUCUAUACUGUUUUAACAUGGAUGUUAACUGUAUGUAAAUAUGCACUUAAUGAUUUUUAAUAAUUUUUAUUUAUUCCUAAUUUUACUGCAAUCAUGUUCACUCACUUUAUAUCGCUGUAUACUUCAUAAAAUCAAACUUGUGAAAGUA